AUGGGAGGAACUUGUGGACAGGACGGAUCCCAUGUCAUGGUCAACACCACUCUCGAUUCCGACAAUGCAGCCGCACAACCUGAUCUCCCAAAAUUGGAACAAUCAACAAAGCACGAGAAAGGAUGGAGAAGAGUCGUUCGUAACUUCACGCCAUCAUGGUUUUCUGUCACCAUGGGCACGGGGAUUGUGUCUAUGCUGUUGCACAGUCUGCCCUACAACGGAGUAUGGCUGUACUGGAUCUCCGUCGUGAUAUUUGUGCUCAAUGUGCUCCUAUUCAUGGCCGGCUGUUUCAUCACUAUCCUUCGACACACGCUGUAUCCGGAGGUUUUCUUAGCAAUGAUCAAACACCCAGUCCAGUCAAUGUUUAUGGGCACCUUUCCCAUGGGACUGGCAACAAUCAUCAACAUGAUAUGUGCUGUGUGUGUUCCUGCAUGGGGUCAGAGAGCCAGCUAUCUAGCCUUUGGGCUAUGGAUCUUGGACGCUGUAAUAUCAGUGACCGUAGCUCUGUUAUUGCCAUUCAUGCUGAUGGCCAACGGAGAGGAAACCCAACUGUCUUCCAUGACAGCUGUGUGGCUUCUUCCAAUCGUCAGCUGCAACGUUGCCGCCUCUACCGGGGCCGCCGUGGCCGAAGUCCUUCCGAACCCCGACUACGCUCUAUGGACCGUGCUUGUCAGCUAUGUCCUAUGGGGUAUCGGGCUGCCCCUUGGGCUGAUGGUCAUGGUGAUCUACUUGGCGCGGCUUGCGCUCCAUAAGUUGCCACCCAAGGCUGUCAUCGUUAGCGUCUUCCUUCCACUGGGACCAUUGGGCCAGGGCAGCUUAGGAGCGACAAAAUUGGGAGAAUGCGCACGAAAUGUCUUCCCUAAAACCCAUACCCUUGAACAGGGCUCAGAGGCGAGCUUGUACACCACCGGUUUUCUCAUUGGAUUUGCUUUGUGGUCAUUCGGACUUGUCUGGCUCUUUUUUGCUAUUGCCUCGAUCGCAUGUAGCAGGACAUUCCCUUUCAACAUUGGUUGGUGGGGAUUCACUUUCCCACUGGGAGGGUUUGCAACUGCGACCUGUCAGAUUGGAAAGGAACUUCCAUCGGAAUUUUUCGAUAUAAUCGGAACUAUCCUCUCCCUUUCGGUUGUGAUAUUGUGGAUCGUCGUAAGUAUCGGCACUUUGAAAGGGGCAGUUUCAGGCAAACUCUUUUUCGCGCCCUGUUUGGCAGACCUUCGGGAGGACAAGGAUGAUGACAAGACCGCUUGA